AUGUCGCCAAACUUAUUCCUGGCUACUCAGAAGCUCUUCUCUCCCCACAAAUGGUUCCGACAGAGCAGCUCCCAGGAGCGUUCUAAGAGGAGAACAGAGCAUUGGGCUGAGCCUACACCAGGACUGUACGAAUAUAUUCCUGGUCGAGGCUGGUACUUGAUCGCACGAACAAGAAAGGCCCCUAAUGACCUCCCUGAGAUGACCGCAGAGGGAGGACCAGUCCGGGCCCCUCAGGAUCCGCCUAAGGAGUACGAGACGCUGUCCCGGCCGAUGUCCGUCCACUGGUCACGUGUUCUCAAGCGAUACAUGCUAGAAGACGAUUACAAAGCGCGGAAGAAGUAUGGCUUCACUCCCAACGAAAGAGGCAAGAACGUCGAAGUCGGCUUCUUCCGCCUUGACGACGGCGUCGCCUGGGUACAGUGCUGGGACCAGGAAGGCACGUUCGUCCCCGGUCCCUACAAGAUGUGGUGCAUCAGUGUGCGCACAGGCCUGUUCCGGCCGAUGCUCAAGCGCGACGAUCCGAAAUUCGUGGGCUCAAGACACUCCUCCCGCAGCAAUAGCCGCAAUCCAAGCUUCGAGCGCGAUGCCGAUAGCACGAGUCAGGACUCCCGCUCCACGGAGUUUUAUGUCCCAUCUCUGGCGGGCAGUAAUCGCGAUGGACCUAGUGUGCCCAGCACCCGCCCAAAUAGUGUCCGCAUGGGCUCGACUUCUGCGACGCACAGUCAGCAGGCAAGCAGGCGGAGCAGUCCGAAGCGCAACGGCAGUAUCGAGUAUGAGAAGGACAAGGCGGCUAUGAGGCAGAUGGCCAGAGAUCAUCGAGAGGCGCUGCUCGCUGCUGCGAAGAAGGAGCGGGUCGACUCGAAAACGGUCGUUGAGCAGGUUGAGCGCGGACGCUCGGAGAAGCAGAUUGCUUCCAACUAA